AUGACGGAAGAGAAGAAAAUAGCACCCACUCAAUCAUCAAAAAAGCGAAAAGGACUGGAUAUCGAUGCGUUGUGGAGGAAAAAACUGAAAGAUGUGGAGAAUCAUCAGUCUCCAGAUGACCAGAAGACGUUAGAGUCAGAAGGAACGUCUUCUAAAGGUUUUACACCUUCUAAAAAGGAUCCAGAAGAUGUCAAAAAAGAGUUGGGAUCACCGUCAGAGUUGGAGAAGGAGAAGGAUGAGAAAGUCACAACGCCAUCACCACCACCCAAAGAAGACACUCCGCCGGUCUCCAGAAGUACCAGAUCUUCUAGAAAAAAGACUGAAGCGGAAAAGAAGAAAAUGGAGUUGGAUGAUGUGAAACCGAAUCUCAAAUUGCUCAAAAAAGGACUUCCAUUCACUUGUCACAAUUUGGAUGAUCAGAGUGAAGAACCAGAAUCAAAAAGGUUUUCACAUCCGAAAACAGAGAACAGUGCAAUUUUCAAAAAAAAAAAAUUCCACAUCUUCUCAAUUUCCAGAAUCUUGCUAUUCAAAAUUUUGGAAAAGAUGGAAUUCCCAAAACAAAUGACAGUUUUGAAUUCUGAAGAGAAUUGUCGUCUGUUUCAAGAGUAUACUUUGAAUCAGAUCAUGCGACACAAUAUUGUGUAUAGCGAUGAGGAAGAGGAGGAGGAUGAUGAGUCGGAAAUGGAAGUGAUUCAUCAAAACGUAGACGGUGGAGACUCUAGAGACGGACAAUAUCAGUACUCGGGAUACAAUCACGCCGUCACACCAAAUGGACAAAACUAUCAAUUGUAUGGUGCCGAUACGUCGUACUCGCAGUACUAUCCGUACACCAACAAUCUUCAACAAAGUCCACAGGACACCAGUGGAGCAUACUUGGUCCCCAAUGCUGCACAGUCACCAGUCUCCAUCGAGGAUCAGGACACUCAGCUGUUGCCCAACAAUCAAAGAGCAUCUCCAGCGACGAUUGGCUGGCUAUUCGAAAACUACGAAAUUGCCGAAGGAUCCUCAUUGCCAAGAUGUCAGCUCUACGAUCAUUACAGAAAACACUGCGAAGAGCAUCGUAUGGAUCCUGUCAAUGCCGCGUCGUUCGGCAAACUCAUUCGAUCGGUAUUCCAAAAUUUGAAAACGCGCCGAUUGGGAACGCGCGGCAAUUCAAAAUACCACUACUACGGUAUCAAAAUGAAGGACAACUCGCCUCUGCACUUGGCUCCGAAUACGAUACAUCCUGAAUGCUUCGUGCCGCCAUUACAGCAAAUGGGAGUGCAGAGAAAUGGUGGAAAUCUAGGUGGAGGUGGAGGAGGCGACGUGUACGUGGAUACCAUCAAUCAGGUGGCCGCUGUCAAGUAUGUGGAUAUGAAUGGAGGACAUAGAAAGCGAUCCAAGAGAGGACACUCGUCCACGUCAAGUUCGGAUGAUAGAGACAGCGCCUCUCCUGCCCUCGGUGUUCCCACACAUCAAACCAUUGUCAACCGAACCAACGAGCUGGGCGUCUCAAUCCCGCCACAACAGAUUGGCUUCCAGCCGAAUGCCACGCCGGCGGUCCCAUACAUUUUCACGGAUCAGGACAGGAAGGGAAUGGGAAAGGCGCAAAUGCCAAAUGUUCAGUUCACCGACAAGGCUGGUCUGCUUUCGACGAUUAGCUUCCGAAAGCUCGGACUCAACGAGGGACACAUCACAAAACUGAUCGAGGAGUACGAUCGAAUGUGCUAUGACGUUUUGGCAAUGGUGAAAUCUCUGGAAUUCUCGAAAAUCGAAGAAAUGUGGUCAUCAUUCUGGUCAGGAGGCUGCGGAAUCAAGCAUGACGUCCUAACAAUGGUGGAUGUCUUGAUCCCCAAUGUCUUGCUCUCCGAGCUCUCCGCUGGAAUGACUCAGUCUUGUAGAACCUUCGGGAAGAAUAUUGACGUAUAUCUCCGAAAAGCGUUGAUCAGUGGAAAUCUGAACGAGACUUUUAUCAAGAAGAAGAUCCAAGCGAUCAAGUACAUGCAGCAGGGACUCAAGCGCUACACUUCCUUGAAUCACCUGGCGCAUGCGGCACGUGGAGUACUGCAGAAGGAUGAGCUGUGUCAGCAGAUGUAUCAGGAUUAUAUCAAAGUGGAUAUUAUGGCUGUUCAUCAACAAGCCGGAUGGAUUUGCAACUGUGAUAGUGUCAUGGUUCAACAUGUUAACAAUGCCUUUAAGGAGAAUUUACAAAAAAUGAAGCCGAUGAGCGUUUGGGCGGAAUGGUUGGAAAGUAUUGUGGAUCAAGUACUGGCCAAGUAUCAUGACAAACCAUCCAAUAUGGUGUCUAAUGUUGGAAAACAGUUCUUGCUCAACUGGAGCUUCUACACCUCAAUGAUCAUUCGAGAGCUGACGCUGAGAUCUGCCACGUCUUUCGGAUCGUUCACUUUAAUUCGGCUACUUGCGGAUGACUAUAUGUAUCAUUUGAUAGCCACCAAGAUUGCAAGGGCCAGCAAUCAGCCACUAAUCACUGUCACCCGCCAAGACAAGGAUUGGCCGCUGGCCAAAGAGGCCAAAGAGUACAUCGUGCCACCUGCCGAUGAUCAUGACGAUGACUUGAAUGUUAAUUAG